AGAGUCACAAUGGGCUAGUUCAGGAGCCUCCUGUUUUUUGACAGGUGAGAUGAGUAGAGUUCACGAAAACCGAAAGGUUUACCAAUCUAUUACAGUUCAUGGGCAAUAAGGGAAGCUUUCAGGCUUUCCUUUUUCUAUUUAAGCAUGAAGAUAAGCAGACCCUUUUGAUUCUAAUCUACAAUGUCGAAUCUGAAGAGGAGAGUAGGCGAAGCAGCUUGCUAGCCAGCCAUCGACCCAAGCAAGCUAGCUAACAUACGGAGUAUUUGUAGUCUUGGGACGACAGCCAUCGCCGGUGUACUCUUGCCAGCUAGUCUUGGGAUGCUGCUAAGCUUGGGGCUUCCUGCAUGAUGUGUUACUGUGGUGACAACGGAGAACACCCAUCCCCCUCUCCCUCCCCCUGGGCCGCCGCACCUCCCACCCCACCCUCCCCCUAAAGCAGUCCUGACCUCACCAAGAUGCCGGACAGAAAGCAGCCGCCUAUCUAUAACGACGACAGUGUGGGGACCUUCUAGUACAAGUUGCCGUUCUGCGAGACCAUGGAGCUGUUCAUCGAAACUUUGACGGGGACCUGCUUUGAGCUGCGUGUCUCGCCCAUCGAGACAGUCAUCUCUGUCAAGGCCAAGAUCCAGAGGCUGGAAGGUACGGUAUCCCUGUUGCCCAGCAACACCUGAUCUGGAACAACUUGGAGCUGGAGGAUGAGUACUGUCUGCAUGAUUACAGUAUUGCUGAGGGCUGUACUCUGAAGCUGGUGCUAGCCAUGAGAGGAGGACCAAUCAACACCAGGAGAGUGCCUGUUGAGGACCCAGUGAAGGAUAUGGUGGAGGUAAUGGAGGGAGGCAGGGAGGAGGGCUGGGAUAAGAGUCUGCCUGGCAGCAAGCAGGUCACUUUUCUGGUGUACCGAGAGGGAGACCAGCUCAGCUUCUUCCGGGUCGUCGACCGAGAGGACGGAACUCUGACCCCUGUCUCAGAAUCACUCAGUGGUGGCUCAGUGUUCAACAUGUACACAGAGGACGACGACGAGACGGGGGGCUUGGCUCUGGGACAGCCAUCCCUGGAGAACUCUAUCACCAUGAACAAGAUGAAGCUGCUCAAAGCCAAGAUGGAGGACAUGAACAUCAACAAGAAGCCUAAGAGGUCUGCCAAGUUGAAACCUCUGUCACCUGUCAGUGCCCGGCCCUGCAGCAACUUUCUGGGGCUCCCCAGACACCACCGCCUCUUCCGUGUCCUGCCCCACAUCAACCAAUCCCACCACUCCACCUCAUACUUACCUCCAAUCAGGGACCAGGGAUCCGCAAAUCCCUCUACUCCCGUUGCUACUACCUCCGCCACCCACCUGUCAAUCAGCGGCCAGGCGCCGCCCUAUUUCUCUUCCUCGUCCUGUUACAUGCUUCAGGAAGAGGAGCCAUGGGAGACUAGCCCCAAGUCGAUCCGGCCCCCUCCUAAAGUGUCCCGGUUGGACAUCGGCAGCACCAGGCUCAUGAGGGACUGUGUGUAUCCGCAGCUCCCCGCACUCCCCAGCAGGGGGCAGGCUGAGGAGACAGUGGAGCUGCCUGACUCCAGAGGAGAGGGGCUGGAGUUGCUGGAGGAGGUUGCAAGCCUGCUGGAGCCCACACCGCCUGGAGCUCUGUACGGAAACCUGCUCACAGACCCCCUCAUCCUGGACAUCUCUACCCAGCCAGAGGAGGGUUUGGGUGGGUUGGAUGGGCUAGGAGCCCUGGGGUUUGGAGCAGAGCACCAGCUCUCCUCCACCCCCUCUCUCCUCUCCCAAGCUGAGGGGAUGAACUCUUUAAACAACUGGGCUAUGGGUGGUUCUGAUAGGUUAGCCUGCAAAGGUCAGAGGACACAGUUACUAGGCAACACCCAUGAUCAUUUACCCGACUCUCCUUCCCCCUCUAGUAGAUGGAAACUACCACAACCCUUUGAAUUCACAGGCUCAGUAACGCCAACCCUACACUCCAAUCCCCCCUCCUCCCGCCCCACCACUCUCUUCUCCCCUGCUCCACCUCUCCCCUCCUCUCUUCCACAUGGCUCUCAUCUGCGAGGCAUCAAGAUGGACUCCCCAGGCAAGCGGCCAGAGAUGAUGAGUAAAAGUGAGGCACGGGGCAUCACCAAGCUGGCCAACCAGGCCUGUAUGAACCCUCUCGAGUCCCUCAGCAACACAGAGCUCCUGGCCUCCCUGUCCUCUUCCUCCAGGACCCCAGUCAGCAGCAGCAGGGAAGGCCUGGGACAGAGCCUGGGAUUUGGGUUGGAGCUGCCCGCUGUUGGGGCCUCCAGGCUGGGCAUGCUAGGCUCUACGGCCCCCUCCCUACAAGCCAACAUCCAGCUGCUCCAGGAGGACCUUAUCCGACGGAUGUCCCCACUACACAGAGCGACCGCCUCUUACAUGGCACCCAACAGCCUGGGAUCAGCUGGAGGCUCCAGUUCAAUAAGGAGACCAGGCCCCCCUGCAUAUCACCUGCCUUCAGUCAAGGUUCCACUGGCAAAGAAGAAGAAGAAAUCUAAACACUGCUUCCUCUGUGCCAAGAAGACUGGUCUGGCCACCAGCUACGAGUGCAGGUGUGGUAACAACUUCUGCGCCACCCACCGCUAUGCAGAGACCCAUGACUGCACGUACAACUACAAGAGCGCCGGACGCCGCUUCCUCCAGGAAACCAACCCCAUCGUCAACGCUCCCAAGCUGCCCAAGAUCUGAGCCCCUCCCCAUGUCCCCCUUCUAUCCCUGCACUCCUCUUUCCUCUUUGGGAUGAAGAGAGAGAAAAUAACAGAUGUACCUGAAUGAUUUAAAAACAAAAAGAAAGAACAUGAUCACCACUGUGUGCUUUUAAAUUGACUUAACGACUUCAAACGCCAAGUGUGAACAAAACGGAGAACACAGAAUAUUAGCAAAUUAACUUUAGUAGCUAGCUGUUUCCUUCGCUCUGGACAAUGUGAAUGAACUGUUCAUCUGCUUUUCCUCAUACAGUAACCUUGAUUGUUUUCCAGAGCAGGAAAGUAUUGCAUGUACAUUUUGUAGUUUUUAAAGCAGAAUGUCUAUUUCAUGUUUUAACAGAAGUGCAUGACUCCAAGCGUAUAAUGUUAUAUCUUUAUAUUUUUUUGCUUUAUCAGAUUGUUUCUAAACAUAGGACUGCAGAUCAGUCUUUGAGAGAUGCACUUUAGAAUUAUCCUAUUUAUAUACCAAUAUUUGACUUUGACAUUUUUUCGAGGGAAGGCUGCUGUUUUUCUUUUUUUAAUGAAGUGUUUUUGUUGUCUUACUGUAUCAUAAUGUUUUUAUAUCCAGUACCCAUCUCUCCUGUCCCCUGCUUCUAUGGGCACAUACAGUACCAGUCAAAAGGUUGGACACACCUACUCAUUCAAGGGUUUUUCUUUAUUUUUACUAUUUUCUUCAUUGUAGAAUAAUAGUGAAGACAUCAAAACUAUGAAGUAUCACAUAUGGAAUCAUGUAGUAACCAAAAAAGUAUUGAACAAAUCAAACUAUAUUUUAGAUUCUUCAAAUAGCCCCCCUUUCCCUUGAUGGCAGCUUUGCAUUCUCUCAACCAGCUACACCUGGAUUGCUUUUCCAACAGCCUUGAAGGAGUUCCCACAUAUGCUGAGCAUUUGUUGACUGCUUUUCCUUCACUCUGCAGUCCAACUCAUCCCAAAUCAUCUCAAUUGGGUUGUGGUUGGGUGAAUGCUGUGGUUGCCAUGUUGGUUAAGUAUGCCUUGAAUUCUCAAUAAAUCACUGACACGGUCUCCAGCAAUGCACCACCACACCAACUCCUCCAUGCUUCAUGGAGGGAACCACACAUGCAUCCGUUCACCUACUCUGCGUCUCACAAAGACACAGCGGUUGGAACCAAAAUCUCCAAUUUGGACUCAAUGGACAGAUCAAAUGUCCAUUGCUCGUGUUUCUUGGCCCAAGCCAGUCUUGUUUUUAUUUGUCUCCUUUUAGUAGUGUUUUAUUGGCAGCAAUUUGACCAUGAAGGCCUGAUUCACGCAGCCUCCUCUGAACAGUUGAUGUUGAGAUGUGUCUGUUACUUAAACUCUGAAGCAUUUAUUUGGGCUGUAAUUUCUGAGACUGGUAAUGCUAAUAAUGAACUUAUCCUCUGCAGCAGAGGGAACUCUGGGUCUUCCAUUCCUGUGGCAAUCCUCGAGAGCCAGUUUCAUCAUAUCGCUUGAUGGUUUUUGCGACUGCACUUGAAGAAACUUUAAAAGUUCUUGACAUUUUCAGGAUUGACUGACAAUGUCGUUUAUCUUUUCAUAUGACUAUGGCAAUAACAGCUGAAAUAUGGUAACAGUCCAUACUAUCUUCUGUAUACCAACCCUACCUUGUCAGAACACAACUGAUUAAAGAAUUAAAGAAGAUAAGAAGGAAAGAAAUUCCACAAAAUAACUUUUAACAAGGCACACCUGUUAAUUGAAAUGCAUUCCAGGUGACUACCUCAUGAAGCUAGUUGAGAGAAUGCCAAAAGUGUGCAAAGCUGUCAUCAAGGCAAAGUGUGGCUACGUAAAAUAUAUUUUGAUUUGUUUAACUUUGGUCUUGACGUGCCGCUAGUGCCCCCCUCGACAACAUCCGGUGAAAUUGCAGAGCGCGAAAUUCAAAAUACAAAAAUAGUAAUAUUAAACAUUCAUGAAAAUACAAGUGUCAUACAUCAUUUAAAAGCUUAACUACUUGUUAAUCCAGCCGCUUUGUCAGAUUUCAAAAAGGGUUUACGGCAAAAGCAUACCAUGCGAUUAUCUGAGAACAUCACCCCACAUACAAAAGCAUUAAAAACAUUUUCCAAACCAGCGUCACAAAAGUCAGAAAUAGUGUUUACUUACCUUUUGAAGAUCUUCCUCUGUUUGCAAUCCCAAGUGUCCCAGCUACACAACAAAUGGUCGUUUUGUUCGAUAAAGUCCUUUUUAUAUCCCAAAAAGGGCAGUUUAGUUGGCUUGUUUGAGUAAUCCACCUGUUCCACUCGUUCAAAAUGCAUACAAAGGAAUCGCAAAGGUUACCAAUAAACUUAGUCUAAAGUCAAACAACGUUUCUAAUAAAUCCGCAGGUACCCUAAUAUAUAAAUAAACGAUACAAUUUAAGAAUGAGAAUAGUGUGUUCAAUACCGGAGAUAAAUAACGAAGUGCGUGCCCUGUCUGUUACACUCACUGACCUUAUUUGAACAGUUUUAGAAACUUCAGAGUUUUCUAUCCAACACUUUUUUUGGUUACUACAUGAUUCCAUAUGUGUUGAUUGAGAGUUUUGAUGUCUAUGCUAUUAUUCUACAAUGUAGAAAAUUGUAAAACAUUAAGAAAAACCCUUGAAUGAGUAGGUGUGUGAACUUGUGACUGGAACUGUACAUACUGGCAUCACCUUUACAACACGUAUUUUACUAAAGGGUAUAACACUUCCCGUUGAUGAGAAACUACACUGAACAAAAAUAUAAACGCAACAUGUAAAGUGUUGGUCCCAUGUUUCAUGAGCUGAAAUAAAAGAUCCCAGAAAUGUUUCA